AUGAAAAUUAAGAUACUAUUCGAGAAAGAUAUGAGAGGAAGAAGCAGAGAGAGAGGUAGGGGAUCAGGCAAAGGACACCGGAUAUGGACGAGACGGACGGCACUGGGCAGAGCGUAUGAGAGACCCAUAGAGAACAGCAGGCAAAGACGGGGUCUGGACAUCAGCCAGAGAAAGGAGUACAGGAAUCAGAGGAAGUUUGCUGAAUGGGGGUAUGAUGAGGGGAUGUACAAGCAAGCCACAGCCUUCUUUUUCACCAACUUCCCAGAUGAAUGGAGUUAUGCAGAGAUGUGGAAGACUUUCGGAAAAUAUGGCAGAGUAUAUGCAGUUUACAACCCACUAAGAAAAUCUAGGAAUGGGAAAAGAUUCGGGUUUGUAAGGUUCCUCGAGGUGAAGAACCCAAAGGCUAUGGAAAGUCAAUUAGAUAAGAUAAAGAUAGAUGGAUGCAAAAUCUGGGUGAACCUAGCUAAAUACCCAGUGGAAGCUCUGGAGACGAAGGUGAGUAGGAUCCCGGUUGCAACAAGUAAAGUGGUUAAGGGGAAGUCCUAUGCUGAAGCAGUUAGAGGGCAGGAAAAGGAGGGUUCUAGGCCUGGGAACAACCAGCAAGAAUGGAGAAAGAAGGAGGAAGGGGAAGCAUGGGUGGGUAUGGAGUACAACGUUGAGGAGGAAGACCUUGAGUGGCUGCGAGACUGUUAUGUUGGAGUAGCUCACUCCGUUGAAAUAGUUCCAAUCCUCCAGGAAAGAUUUUAUAUGGAAGGAUACUUCACAUGCCGUCUAAGGGCUAUGGGAGGCAAAUUGAUAUUACUGGACUGUGAGGAUAAGGGGGAGUUAAAAGAACUAGUUCAGGGUGCAGCCAGCUGGUUAAGCCAAUGGUUUUCAAAAAUCAAGCCAUGGUCUCCAAUAACGGUAGCAAAGGAAAGGUUUGUUUGGUUAAGGUGCUUGGGAGUCCCUUUGCAUGCGUGGGGGCCAGUGUUCUUUGAGUCAAUGGUGGCAGCAUGGGGGAAAUUUAUCAGCCUGGAUGACAAUACUAGCAAGAAAAGAAGAUUUGAUGUGGCUCGAAUCCUUAUCUCCACGUCGAUUAUGGAGUCAAUCUCAGUUAAAAGGCAGAUCAAAGUGAAUGGAGUCCUAUACAAUCUCAGGUUCACGGAAGAAGAAAUGUCCAACAGCCUAUUCUCCAUGAAAUAUGAUUUCCUGCCAAGCAUCAAGAGUGAUACUGAGUAUGAAGAAUCCUGGUCGGAAGGAUUAAAUUUUGAGGAAGAACCAGGAGAGAUUGGCCGAGAAGUUCUCAGGGCUUCUAGCGCCGGCGAUGGUGACACGGUAGGGUCUAUACCGGACCAGGCAAGGAAGAACAAACGGGUGUCUGCAAUUUCGGUUUCCGAGGCUCAUUUUGAAUUUGAAGGAGAUAUGCAAGAAGAUAUCAGUCAGAAAAAGAAAGAUAUCAUCUAUUACAGCUGGAUGGGGGAAGAGGAGUCAGUUGAAGUGGUGGCAGACAGUCUACAGGAAUGCUUAGCAGGUAGUGACGUGGGAAGCAGAGAUGAAGAAGUAAAUCCAAUGGUUGAGUCACAAAACCGGGUCAGCUCAGACCCAAUUGAAGCCUCCAAUGCUGAAGUAAGGUUCGGAUGGGCUAGGCCCAACUCCAAUCUUUCAGCCCAUUCCCAUCUAAUUGGUGGAGGCCCGAAUGUGGAGACCAGGGACUGUGAGACCACCGGCAAUAGCAAACAUAAUCAUCUGGAGGCACAACAGGGGAUUAGCUCUUGCGGACAUAAUUUAAAAGUCAAAAAAGGUAAAAAGAGAGAGGGAUUGUCACGGGAAGAAAGCAGGGAGGCCUCGACAGAUCUAGAACUCGCUGAAGGGCUCGGAGGGGAGCGGAGGGAUCUGAGCGGCAAGGAAGGGAUGGCAACAAGAAGCAAACCGGACAGAAUGAAGAAGAAGAAGAAGGUGUUAUUGUGCAGAUCCGUGUAUCAAAAAGCCAACAUCCUGGGUUUGAUGAGCCUUAAGAAGAAAACCAAAAGCAGAGCAAGGCCAAAGAAAGCUCCAAGUCAAGAGUUGCCGAGCUUCAUGCCGAAUUCAAGCUAUUCCAUGGCGGGAGGGUCUGUUGGGGACAGCGGGAUUGCAAAUUGUAACAGGAUGAUUAAGGAGCAUCCCAGCCGUAGAAUUGCAACAGAGCUGUGGGAUUUCGCGAAGCAAAUAGGGGUUAAUGCAGAGGAUGAGGUUGAGACUCUUAGGAAUCUUGAAGAAAUGGAGAAAAGAGACAGAGAAGCCAAGGAAUUGGAGAUCCCGAAGACAGGGAGGAAGAAAAGACACUUGAGGGAGCUAGUUAUGAAGGAAAAGGUGGAUUUCCUAGCAAUUCAAGAAACUAAACUGGGAGGGUUAGACAAUAGAAUUAGCAGAUCAGUAUGGGGAACAGAUGAGGUAGAUUGGGUAGCCAAGGAUGCGGUGGGUUUGUCGGGAGGAAUAGCUUGCUUUUGGAAUUCCAAAGUUAUUAGAGCCACAAGAAUUCUUGAGGGAGAGCACUUCAUAGGUAUAGAAGGGUUGUGGUGCCCUGAUAAUGAACAAAUUGUAUUUAUAAACAUUUAUGCUCCAUGUCAACUACCUGGGAAGAUAGUACUCCGGGAAGAAUUAAGAAGACUAAUUCAGAAUGGGGGAGAAAAAAUCUGCAUUAUGGGCGAUUUCAACACAGUUAGAAAGGCAGAGGAAAGAAAGGGAAGCUCAGGUGUGACCAGAGAUAUGAGAGAAUUCGACAGUUUUAUCCAGGCCAUGAAUUUGGUUGACAUGCCGUUAGUGGGUAGGAAGUUCACAUGGUACCAAGCAAGGGGCAAUUACAUGAGCAGAAUUGACCGGUUCUUACUCUCAGAAGGGUGGACGGCGAAGUGGGGAGAGGCUAGGCAAUGGGGUUUGAGAAGAACUGUGUCCGAUCACUGCCCAAUUUUACUAAAACACCAGACCGUUGAGUGGGGCCCAAAGCCAUUCAGAUUCUUCGAUUCUUGGCUAGAACAAGAAGGAUGUGGUAAUCUGAUCAAAGAGGUGUGGAAUGGUACCCAAAUCCAAGGGUGGGCAGGCUUCCGACUCAAAGAAAAGUUGAAGGCAACCAAGGAAGCUUUAAGGAAGUGGAGCAAGAAUUUAAUUCCAGCUUUGGACCUCAAAAUAAAUAAUGCUUCUUCAGCCAUAGCCAGAAUUGAUAUGAAGGGGGAAAAAUCAAGGAAAGUUUGGCUAGCUCAAGGGGAUGCUAAUACCAAGUUCUUCCACAACUGCGUGAAGGGUAGAUGGAGAAGGGCAGAAAUGAAUAGCAUACAGAUAAAAGGAGUCCAAAUCAGAGAUGCCAUCAGAAUGAAAGAGGAAAUUGCCCGGUAUUUUGAGGAAUUGUAUGCUGAGGAGAAAAAGAUUAGACCUACACUCGAUGGGCUGGCUUUCAAACAACUCUCAAGGGAAGAAAAUGUAAACCUUAUCUCUCCCUUUAGUGAGGAGGAGAUAAAGAUAGCAGUAGGAGAAUCGGAUGUGGUGAGCUUCCUGCAAGAAUUCCAGACAAAUGGCAAACUGGUGAGAGGUCUAAACACUUCUUUUACUAUCCUUGUGCCAAAAGUAGAAAAUCCAGUUCGGAUUGAGGAAUAUAAACCCAUUUCUCUUGUUGGAGUGAUGUAUAAAAUCUUGGCUAAGCUUUUAGCCAACCGGUUGCAGGAGGUGCUUGGGAACAAAAUCGGAGAGCAACAGAUGGCUUUCCUUAAGGGAAGACAGCUGAUGGAUGGAGUAGUCAUAGCUAACGAGGUGAUUGAUGAAGCAAAAAAGAAAAGGAAGAAAGCUUUUUUGUUCAAAAUAGAUUUCGAGAAAGCGUAUGAUAAAGUAAGCUGGUCCUUUCUUGAUCACAUGAUGCAGAAGAUGGGUUUCUGUGAGAAAUGGAGGUUGUGGAUCCAAGAAUGCUUACGAUCUAGCUUGAUAUCAAUCCUAGUUAAUGGCAGCCCAAGUAGGCAAUUCAAUGUGUCAAGAGGUCUAAGGCAGGGGGACCCGUUAUCUCCGCUCCUGUUCUUGAUUAUUGCAGAGGGUUUGAACGGGUUGGUGACAGAGGCUAUCAAAAAUGGGAAGCUAGAAGGCGUGGAGGUGGGAAAUAGAAGUUUUAGUAUUUCUCACUUACAAUAUGCAGACGACACGAUUCUGUUUGGUAAGGCUACUGAAGAAAAUGUGUGGGCAAUGAAAGGAAUCUUGAGAGCAUUUGAACUGGUAUCGGGUCUCAAAAUCAACUUCAAUAAAAGCCAACUAGUGGGAAUUGGCGUGGAUGAUGAUUGGCUGAACAAAAUGGCAUGGGUCUUGUGUUGCAAAAAAGGUACUUUGCCAUUCAAGUACCUUGGUAUCACAAUUGGAGGUAGUUGCAAAAGGUCUGCUUUUUGGAAACCAUUGGUAGACAUAUUUGAAAGGAAGCUAGCUACAUGGAAAGGCAGAUAUCUAUCUCUAGGGGGCCGGAUUACGCUUAUUAACUCAGUGCUGUCAAGUCUCCCCGUCUUUUGGAUGUCGAUGUACCUGGUCCCAAAAGGUACAAUCCUUUUACUUGACAAAAUUCGUAGAAAAUUCUUAUGGGGUGGGGCUGAGAGGGAGAAGAGGAUUAACUGGGUUAAAUGGGAAAAAGUGUGUAAAGAAAAACAAUUCGGUGGUCUGGGGGUUAAAGACCUAAGGAAGUUCAACCUUGCUUUGUUAGGUAAGUGGUGGGGGAGGCUAGUGAGGGGAGAUAAUGGGCUCUGGGGUAAGGUUAUUCUGGAGAAGUACGGGAAAGUAGGGGAAUCUACUUAUAAUUGGCUGAGGGAGGGUUUUAAUUAUGGAUCUGCAUGGUGGAGGGACAUUUGUAGGUUAAGCAAUAUGGAUGGUAAUAAAAAAGGGUGGCUUGUGGAUGGUUUAGAAAUUAGAGUGGGGGACGGAAAAGAUACGAGCUUUUGGUGGGAUGAGUGGUGUGGGGGGGUGAGUCUCGCUAACAAGUUUCCUAGAUUAUAUCUAAUCUCUGCAGGAAAAGACAAAAGGAUUUCCCAAAUGGGAAGUUGGCAGGAUGACUCAUGGAAGUGGGACUUGAAGUGGAGAAGAAACCUAUUCAGCUGGGAGGAACACCAGGAGGAGGCACUCAAGGCUGUGAUCCAAAACACCAAAAUAGUAGAUGGAAAAUCAGAUGUGAGGGACUGGGUACAUAGCAAGGAUGGAAUAUACACAACAAAAUCAGCAUACCAGGCCUUGACAAGGGAUCACAGGACAGUCCAGCAGAGUCCAACAAUUAGUAAAGUUUGGCAAGAGUUCAUCCCGAGCAAAAUCUCCAUUUUUGCCUGGCAAGUGCUGCAAGAUAAGAUCCCAACUAAGAUGAACCUGUUGAAAAGGGGGAUCAUUCAAGACAUCGCAGAGAGUAAGUGUGUUCUUUGUGGCUUAGCAAGUGAAGAUUCCAAUCAUCUCUUUAUUCAUUGUAAAAUUGCGUGGGAACUAUGGAAUAGUUGUUAUAGGUGGUGGGGUAGUAAGCAGGUGUUAGAUAGAGAUUGUGGGAGGAUGUUUGAACAGCACCCCUUCACAUUCAACAUUAAAGGGGUGAGGGGGGGCUGGGAAUGCAUUUGGUUCUCUGCUGUUUGGUCUAUCUGGUUAGCUAGAAAUGAAAAGCUAUUUAGAGGUAAAGAAGUAGAGGCUGGAAGAUUAUUGGAACUAGUCCAGGUGAGGGCCUUUAAAUGGAUCAAAGGCAAAAGGAGAGGAAGCCUAUUCACCGUAUCAGACUGGAUCCUCAAUCCGGUAAGUUGCUUGAAUCCGUCCCUGGUAGUUUAAGAUGCCCAUCUCCGAUGUAAAUCUUAGGCAGUUAAAAAAGAGCCCUGCCAUUUCAAGUCACAGGGGUUCUUAGCUGGCCUGUUUUAAAUCAUGUAAAGGGUUCGGAGUACCCCCUGUACUCCAAAUCAAUGAUUUCAUUUUGU